AUGACCACAACCUCCCCAGAUGACCACGUCUUAAUCCCAGAACCUGUGAAUGUGCUGCAUUACGUGGCAAGAGGACUUCAGGUUGCAGAGGCUGAUCAGCAAGUAGAUGAUCCUGGGCUAAGCAGAGUCAGAGGCACCAUCUGGCUCCCUCAGCUGACACGUAUUCUCUCCGCGGACAAAGCGUGGCAUUCUCGGGCAGGACAGUGUGCAACACGGUCCCAGGCAUCGCUGGCAGGAGCUUCCUCUGUUGUGCUUGUGGCCGUGGUGGUGACUCUGGCUUCGGAGAUGGUGGGGGAGGGAGAUUGGCAGACAUGGGGAGGUGGAGUUAAUGCUGUUGGUUCCCGUGGAAAAGACGGUGGUGGCGCGGCAUUCUAUUUAGACCCCUCUUUUUCCUGUAGUCCUCCUCAUGGAGAAGCAAAAGCUGGAUCAAGCACCCUUCCACCAGUGAAAUCAAAGGCAAAUUUUAUUGAAGCAGACAAGUACUUUUUACCCUUUGAAUUGGCCUGCCAGUCCAGAUGUCCCCGCAUAGUUAAUACAUCUCUAGAUUGUUUACAGAAGCUUAUUGCUUAUGGGCACUUGACUGGCAAUGCUCCAGAUAGUACAACACCAGGCAAAAAGUUAAUUGAUAGAAUUAUAGAAACGAUUUGUGGCUGUUUCCAAGGUCCUCAAACAGAUGAAGGAGUUCAGUUGCAAAUAAUAAAGGCAUUACUUACUGCAGUAACAUCUCAACACAUAGAAAUUCAUGAAGGAACUGUACUGCAAGCUGUGAGAACAUGUUACAAUAUCUAUCUAGCAAGCAAAAAUCUCAUCAAUCAGACAACAGCCAAAGCUACUCUUACUCAGAUGCUAAAUGUGAUCUUUGCACGCAUGGAAAACCAAGCAUUGCAGGAAGCCAAACAAAUGGAAAAAGAGAGGCACCGGCAUCAUCAUCAUCUGUUGCAGUCUCCAGUAAGCCAUCAUGAGCCUGAAUCACCUCACCUUAGAUAUCUGCCACCUCAGACUGUUGAUCAUAUAUCCCAAGAACAUGAAAGAGACCUUGAUCCCCAUACAAAUGAUGUGGAUAAAAGCCUUCAGGAUGACAUAGAACCUGAAAAUGGAUCUGAUAUUUCCAGUGCAGAAAAUGAACAGACUGAAGCUGAUCAGGCAACUGCAGCUGAAACAUUAUCUAAAAAUGACAUAUUAUAUGAUGGAGAAAACCAUGACUGUGAGGAAAAGCCACAAGACAUUGUACAGAGCAUUGUAGAAGAAAUGGUGAACAUUGUUGUUGGAGAUAUGGGAGAAAGGACCAUAAAUGCAAAUGCAGAUGGCAACAUUGGAACUAUAGAGGAUGGUAGCGACAGUGAAAAUAUUCAAGCAAAUGGAAUUCCAGGAACACCAAUUUCUGUGGCAUAUACACCGUCCCUACCUGAUGACAGACUCUCUGUCUCUUCCAAUGAUACUCAGGAAUCUGGAAAUUCUUCAGGACCUUCACCUGGUGCUAAGUUUUCCCACAUUUUACAAAAGGAUGCCUUUCUAGUAUUCAGGUCAUUGUGUAAACUGUCGAUGAAACCGCUGUCAGAUGGACCGCCAGAUCCAAAGUCUCAUGAGUUACGAUCCAAGAUUCUUUCAUUGCAGUUACUUCUAUCCAUUCUGCAGAAUGCAGGACCUGUUUUCAGGACAAAUGAGAUGUUUAUUAAUGCUAUUAAGCAGUAUUUGUGUGUUGCACUCUCAAAAAAUGGAGUCUCUUCUGUGCCAGAGGUUUUUGAGCUUUCCCUUUCCAUAUUUCUUACUUUGUUAUCAAACUUCAAGACACACCUAAAGAUGCAAAUUGAGGUGUUCUUUAAAGAAAUUUUCCUAUAUAUUUUGGAAACUUCUACCAGCUCGUUUGACCACAAAUGGAUGGUUAUUCAGACAUUGACAAGGAUUUGUGCAGAUGCUCAGAGUGUAGUGGAUAUUUAUGUAAACUAUGACUGUGAUUUAAAUGCAGCAAAUAUAUUUGAAAGAUUAGUAAAUGAUCUGUCAAAAAUUGCUCAAGGCCGGGGCAGUCAGGAACUUGGUAUGAGUAAUGUUCAGGAAUUAAGCCUGAGGAAAAAAGGUUUAGAGUGCUUAGUGUCGAUUUUGAAGUGCAUGGUUGAAUGGAGUAAGGAUCAGUACGUGAACCCCAACUCUCAGACAACUCUUGGUCAGGAAAAACCCUCAGAACAAGAGACAAGUGAUAUCAAACACCCUGAGACAAUAAACAGAUACGGAAGUUUAAAUUCCCUGGAGUCAACAUCAUCAUCAGGAAUAGGCAGCUACAGCACACAGAUGUCUGGCACUGAUAAUCCAGAACAGUUUGAAGUCUUAAAACAACAAAAAGAAAUAAUAGAACAAGGGAUAGAUUUGUUUAAUAAGAAACCAAAGAGAGGAAUACAGUACCUCCAAGAACAAGGGAUGCUUGGCACUACACCUGAAGAUAUUGCUCAAUUCUUACAUCAAGAGGAAAGAUUAGACUCUACUCAAGUGGGUGAAUUCCUGGGAGAUAAUGAUAAGUUUAACAAAGAAGUCAUGUAUGCAUAUGUGGACCAACAUGACUUUUCAGGAAAGGACUUUGUUUCAGCCCUUCGAAUGUUUCUGGAAGGAUUCCGUCUUCCAGGGGAAGCUCAGAAAAUUGAUCGAUUGAUGGAAAAAUUUGCUGCAAGAUACCUAGAAUGCAACCAAGGACAAACGCUGUUUGCUAGUGCAGAUACUGCUUAUGUUCUGGCUUACUCAAUUAUUAUGCUGACCACAGAUCUUCACAGUCCACAGGUAUGUUUUCUUCCAAAUGUAGCCAAUGAAAAACAAAGAAGACUUCUGUAUAACUUAGAAAUGGAACAGAUGGCCAAGACAGCUAAAGCACUCAUGGAAGCCGUGAGCCAUGUUCAAGCACCUUUUACAAGUGCAACGCAUUUGGAGCAUGUGAGACCCAUGUUUAAGUUGGCUUGGACACCUUUUCUGGCUGCAUUCAGUGUGGGUCUACAAGACUGUGAUGAUACUGAAGUAGCUUCUCUUUGCCUGGAAGGUAUAAGAUGUGCAAUCAGAAUUGCAUGCAUUUUCAGCAUUCAGCUGGAAAGAGAUGCAUAUGUUCAGGCACUGGCAAGAUUUACCUUACUCACAGUGAGUUCUGGUAUUACUGAAAUGAAACAGAAGAACAUUGACACAAUAAAAACGCUUAUCACAGUGGCUCAUACAGAUGGAAAUUAUUUAGGAAAUUCAUGGCAUGAGAUUCUGAAGUGCAUCAGUCAGUUGGAGCUUGCACAACUUAUAGGAACUGGAGUGAAACCUCGAUACAUUUCUGGAACAGUGCGAGGCAGAGAAGGAUCUCUUACUGGAACAAAAGAUCAGGCUCCUGAUGAAUUUGUGGGGCUAGGGCUGGUUGGAGGAAAUGUGGACUGGAAGCAGAUAGCAAGUAUUCAGGAAUCCAUUGGAGAAACCAGUUCUCAAAGUGUUGUUGUUGCUGUAGAUAGAAUAUUUACAGGGUCUACAAGGCUAGAUGGAAAUGCUAUUGUGGAUUUUGUCCGUUGGCUCUGUGCUGUGUCUAUGGAUGAAUUACUUUCCACUACACAUCCAAGAAUGUUUAGUCUACAAAAAAUAGUAGAAAUAUCAUAUUACAACAUGGGAAGAAUAAGAUUGCAAUGGUCUCGAAUUUGGGAAGUUAUUGGAGAUCAUUUUAAUAAGGUUGGCUGUAAUCCUAAUGAAGACGUAGCUAUUUUUGCAGUAGACUCCUUGAGACAAUUGUCAAUGAAGUUCUUAGAGAAAGGGGAGCUUGCUAAUUUCAGAUUCCAGAAGGAUUUCUUAAGACCUUUUGAACAUAUAAUGAAACGGAACAGGUCUCCAACCAUUCGAGAUAUGGUUGUGCGAUGUAUAGCACAGAUGGUGAAUUCUCAAGCUGCUAACAUUCGGUCUGGAUGGAAGAACAUUUUCUCUGUAUUUCAUCUAGCUGCAUCCGAUCAAGAUGAAAGCAUAGUGGAACUUGCAUUCCAAACAACAGGGCACAUUGUCACUCUUGUGUUUGAAAAACACUUUCCAGCGACCAUUGAUUCCUUCCAGGAUGCAGUGAAGUGUUUGUCUGAGUUUGCAUGCAAUGCAGCUUUCCCAGACACAAGUAUGGAAGCAAUCCGACUCAUUCGCCAUUGUGCAAAAUACGUGUCUGACAGACCGCAGGCUUUUAAGGAAUACACAAGCGACGAUAUGAAUGUGGCACCUGAAGACAGGGUGUGGGUGAGAGGAUGGUUCCCCAUCCUCUUUGAGUUAUCCUGUAUCAUCAAUAGAUGCAAAUUAGAUGUAAGAACCAGGGGUUUAACAGUAAUGUUUGAAAUAAUGAAAACUUACGGCCACACUUACGAAAAACACUGGUGGCAGGAUUUAUUUAGAAUUGUGUUCAGAAUCUUUGACAACAUGAAAUUGCCAGAACAGCAGACAGAGAAAGCUGAAUGGAUGACAACAACCUGUAAUCAUGCCCUUUAUGCCAUCUGUGACGUGUUCACCCAGUAUUUAGAAGUGCUCAGUGAUGUGCUUUUGGAUGAUAUUUUUGCCCAGCUGUACUGGUGUGUGCAGCAAGACAAUGAGCAGUUAGCACGAUCUGGUACAAACUGCUUAGAGAAUGUUGUUAUCCUGAAUGGGGAAAAAUUUACCCUAGAAAUCUGGGAUAAAACUUGUAACUGCACACUGGAUAUCUUCAAAACUACAAUCCCACAUGCGCUUUUGACAUGGCGUCCCACUUCUGGAGAAACUGUCCCCCUACCUUCCUCUCCUGUGAGUGAAAAACAGUUGGAUACAAUAUCACAGAAAUCUGUAGAUAUCCAUGAUUCUAUUCAACCAAGAUCUGCAGAUAAUAGACAGCAAGCAACAUUGGCUUCUGUCUCUACUGUGAAUGAAGAAGCCAACAAAAUUAAACCUUCAGCAAAAUAUCCAGAACAAAAACUGUUUGCUGCCCUGUUGAUUAAAUGUGUUGUGCAGCUGGAACUCAUCCAGACUAUCGACAACAUUGUGUUCUUCUCCACCACAAGCAGGAAGGAGGAUGCGGAGAACUUAGCUGCAGCCCAGAGAGAUGCCGUGGACUUUGAUGUUCGAGUUGAUACGCAAGACCAAGGAAUGUACCGCUUUUUAACAUCACAACAGCUUUUUAAGCUACUGGACUGCUUAUUAGAGUCACAUCGAUUUGCAAAAGCAUUUAAUUCCAACAAUGAACAGAGGACGGCUCUGUGGAAAGCAGGCUUUAAAGGCAAAUCCAAACCCAACCUUCUGAAGCAGGAGACGAGCAGCCUGGCCUGUGGGCUGCGCAUUCUCUUCCGGAUGUACAUGGAUGAGAGCCGGGUUAGUGCCUGGGAGGAGGUCCAGCAAAGGCUUUUAAAUGUGUGCAGCGAAGCCCUGAGUUACUUCCUUACUCUGACAUCAGAGAGUCAUCGCGAGGCCUGGACUAACUUACUGCUUUUGUUUCUAACGAAAGUUCUGAAGAUAAGUGAUAACAGGUUCAAAGCUCACGCAUCAUUCUACUACCCUCUCUUAUGUGAAAUUAUGCAAUUUGACUUGAUUCCUGAACUUCGUGCUGUUCUUAGAAGAUUUUUUCUGCGAAUUGGAGUGGUUUUUCAGAUAUCACAACCACCUGAACAGGAACUUGGACUAAACAAGCAGUGAUGGGAACUUAGCGUUUUUCUCUUGGCGUUUACAUCCCUCUGAUCUUUAAAAGGACCCUGGAGCCGAGAUUUCCUACCUGAAAAAUGGUUUCUCUGAAUUUCAGUGUCUAGGGGUUACUGACUGGUAAAGUGCUUAGAACUAGAACUCAGUCUUGCAACGCUCCAGCCCUCUCCGUGAUGGAUCCUGUGUGUCAUGUUGAGCAGAAAGCCCAUUUCCAGUGUCAGCUCUGCUCACAGGUCCUUCCCUGGCCUCAGUGGCAGGGAGAGCCCCACAUACUUCUGGCAGGUGUGGAAGUGAAACUUACCCAAAGAACUAUAGAUGUAAAGAUUUGAACUUCUGUAGGAAGUACAACUCAGGAGAGCUGUAUUUUGAAGGAUAAAAUGUUUAUAAUUGGGGAGUGGGGGAGAAGAAAUUAUUGUUCAUGGUAAAAGAUAUUUAGCAACUAUGGUAUUCUUAUUCUGAAAUUUUUGCACACUCAGGCUACCUGAGAUACUGGUAAUCAUCCUUCUGUGAAAAAUGUACAGAGACGACGCAGGUCUGUAAUAUAAAAAUCUUAAACAUGAUAUAGUUCUUGCACUGUUUUCUUUAUUUUCUUAUUCAUUUGCUAAAUACCUAUACUAUUUUGUCAAAUGCACUAAAAAAUUGGGUUUAACUUUUUGUCUUUUUAUUUUGUGGGGAUUUUUGUUUUGCCCUUUUCAGGGGGGUUAAUAACUUUGAAGGGUUAACAUGCCCAGAAGCUGUUGUGGCUGAUACUUGUCAUGAUCAACAACAACAAAAAAAAGGGUAGAAAAUAUCCCUAUUGACGUAACUACCUGUAAUAUACUUCUCUUAGGGCUUUUAAAGAUGAGCCAUUAAAAUAGAAUGAUCCUUCAUGGACUGAACUUGAAUCACUGCAAAAUGAAUCUAGGCUGCUGUCACUUUUUCUUUUGGGUGGCGGGGCUUGAUGUAGAUUUUAUUCUGUGUACAGAACUUAAUGUUGAAUAUAUUAAAAUAACUCUGGCAUGGUUUGGGGAGGUUAGAUUUACUGGAAAUGUAUUCAUACUGUGAAUUGUGCUCUGAUGGUUAAAAAUUACAAGAUUGUCAAGCAUUCCGUAUUAACAGUGGAUGUAGAAAUUUUUUCAGAUGGAUAAAAUGUAUAUGGUACAGAUGUAAAGUUUUCUAUGUAAAAAAUUCUGUACAACUUUCUGUACAAUAUUGAUUCUCAUCUGGCAUAUUCUAAUCAGGUUAUAGGUCAAUAAAGUUUUUGGAUUAUUUCAUCAGUGCAAUCAAA